AUAGGCCCGGAGGGGCAGGAGGCAAGCAGGGAUCCUGGGGCCCGACGCCGCGCUUUCACCCUGCUGUGGGUCGGGUGGUCCCGUGGGUGGUCCCUGGGGGACCUCUGCCCACCCCAUCCAAGGGGGGGCAUCGGGCCGGGGGCCUGGGGCGCCGGGCCGGCUGCAGGGCCCCCCCCAGCCGGGGCGGGAGACCGCAGUCUCGCGGGAAGGCGGCACGGCUGCUCGGUGGGGCCGCCCCUCUCCCGGGUCAGCCCUGGAGGAAGGAUGGGUUUGAGGUUGGACGCGGUGUGUCCUCUGGAAGCCAGCAGAACAAUGUGUGCGUGUGGACUCCGCUGACCCCCUUGCUGGCACCUUCUACCCCUCUUUCUUUUUCUUUUCUUUUUGUUUUUUCUGGUUUUGUGGGAGAGUUCCUUCAAGUUGUGUUUGGAGCUGACGUGAGCGAGAGGCCGGUCAUGUGCUCGGGUGCCUGGCACAGGGAGGCCCUCGAGCAGAUGACGAAGACUGGCUUUUAAUCCUUGGAGACCAUUGACAGGGAGCUUACAGGGGCCCACGAGCCCCCCUGGACGCCCACCACCAUGUCGGGGUCCACGCAGCCCGUGGCACAGACGUGGAGGGCCACCGAGCCCCGUUACCCGCCCCACGGCGUUUCCUACCCCGUGCAGAUCGCCCGGCCACACACGGACGUCGGGCUGCUUGAGUACCAGCACCACCCCCGUGACUACACCUCACACCUGUCGCCUGGCUCCGUCAUCCAGCCCCAGCGGAGGAGGCCCUCCCUGCUGUCCGAAUUUCAGCCCGGGAAUGAAAGGUCCCAGGAGCUUCACCUGCGACCCGAGUCGCACUCAUACCUGCCUGAGCUGGGCAAGUCGGAGAUGGAAUUCCUGGAGAGCAAGCGCCCUCGCCUGGAGCUGCUGCCUGACCCGCUGCUGCGGCCCUCGCCCCUGUUGGCCACUGGCCAACCCGGGGGCUCCGAGGACCUGUCCAAGGACCGCAGCCUGACAGGCAAGCUGGAGCCGGUGUCUCCUCCCAGCCCCCCACAUGCUGACCCUGAGUUGGAGCUGGUACCUCCACGGCUCUCCAAGGAGGAGCUGAUCCAGAAUAUGGAUCGGGUGGACCGCGAGAUCACCAUGGUAGAGCAGCAGAUCUCCAAGCUGAAGAAGAAGCAGCAACAGCUGGAGGAGGAGGCCGCCAAGCCACCGGAGCCCGAGAAGCCCGUGUCGCCACCACCCAUCGAGUCGAAGCAUCGCAGCCUGGUGCAGAUCAUCUACGACGAGAACCGGAAGAAGGCCGAGGCUGCACAUCGGAUUCUGGAAGGCCUGGGGCCCCAGGUGGAGCUGCCAUUGUACAACCAGCCCUCCGACACCAGGCAGUAUCAUGAGAACAUCAAAAUAAACCAGGCGAUGCGGAAAAAGUUAAUCUUGUACUUCAAGAGGAGGAAUCACGCCCGGAAACAAUGGGAGCAGAAGUUCUGCCAGCGCUAUGACCAGCUCAUGGAGGCCUGGGAGAAGAAGGUGGAGCGCAUUGAGAACAACCCCCGGCGGCGGGCCAAGGAGAGCAAGGUGCGCGAGUACUACGAGAAGCAGUUCCCCGAGAUCCGCAAGCAGCGGGAGCUGCAGGAGCGCAUGCAGAGCAGGGUGGGCCAGCGGGGCAGCGGGCUCUCCAUGUCGGCCGCCCGCAGCGAGCACGAGGUGUCCGAGAUCAUCGAUGGCCUCUCGGAGCAGGAGAACCUGGAGAAGCAGAUGCGCCAGCUGGCCGUGAUCCCACCGAUGCUGUACGACGCCGACCAGCAGCGUAUCAAGUUCAUCAACAUGAACGGGCUUAUGGACGACCCCAUGAAGGUGUACAAGGACCGCCAGGUCAUGAACAUGUGGAGCGAGCAGGAGAAGGAGACCUUCCGGGAGAAAUUCAUGCAGCACCCCAAGAACUUCGGCCUGAUCGCAUCGUUCCUGGAGAGGAAGACGGUGGCUGAGUGUGUCCUCUAUUACUACCUGACCAAGAAGAAUGAGAACUACAAGAGCCUGGUGAGACGCAGCUACCGGCGCCGCGGCAAGGGCCAGCAACAGCAGCAGCAGCAGAUGCCCCGCAGCAACCAGGAGGAGAAAGAUGAGAAGGAGAAGGAGAAGGAGGCCGAGAAGGAGGAGGAGAAGCCGGACGUGGAGAAUGACAAGGAGGAGCUGAUCAAGGAGAAGACGGAUGACACCUCUGGGGAAGACAACGAUGAGAAGGAGGCAGUGGCCUCCAAAGGCCGCAAAACCGCCAACAGCCAGGGAAGACGUAAAGGCCGUAUCACCCGCUCAAUGGCCAAUGAGGCCAACAGCGAGGAGGCCAUCACCCCGCAGCAGAGCGCCGAGCUGGCUUCCAUGGAGAUGAACGAGAGUUCUCGCUGGACCGAAGAAGAGAUGGAAACAGCCAAGAAAGGUCUCCUGGAACACGGCCGGAACUGGUCGGCCAUCGCCCGGAUGGUGGGCUCCAAGACGGUGUCCCAGUGUAAGAACUUCUACUUCAACUACAAGAAGAGGCAGAACCUGGAUGAGAUCCUGCAGCAGCACAAGCUGAAGAUGGAGAAGGAGAGGAACGCACGGAGGAAGAAGAAGAAAGCGCCGGCUGCUGCCAGUGAGGAGACUGCCUUCCCGCCCGUGGUGGAGGACGAGGAAAUGGAGGCGUCAGGCGUGAGCGGGAACGAAGAGGAGAUGGCGGAGGAGGCAGAAGCCUUACACGCCUCUGGGAACGAGGUACCCAGAGGGGAAUGCAGUGGCCCAGCCACCGUCAACAACAGCUCCGACACCGAGAGCAUCCCGUCGCCCCGCACCGAGGCCGCCAAGGACGCCGCGCAGAACGGGCCCAAGCCCCCGCCCACCCCGGGCGCCGACGCGCCACCCCCUGAGCCCCCCAGCCCGCCACCUGAGGACGCCCCGGCCCCCAGCGAGCCCGCCCCGGCCCCCGAAGCCGCCUGCCCGCCCGCGUCCCCACCGGCACCCGCCUCGCCUGCCGCGGCCCCUGCUGUGGUCCCCAAGGAGGAGAAGGAGGAAGAGGCCGCAGCCGCCCCCUCGGCCGAAGAGGGGGAGGAGCAGAAGCCCCCUGCGGCCCCAGAGCUGGCAGCCGACGUGGGCAAGACGGAGGAGCCUGGCGAGGCGCCCCCCUCGGAGCCCAUCAAGAGCGAGUGCAAGGAGGAGGCUGCCGAGGAGGGGCCCGCCAAGGUCAAGGGCACGGAGGCCGCAGCCGAGGCCGCCCCCGAGGGCGCGCUCCAGGUGGAGAAGAAGGAGGGCGGAGGCCCUGGGGGCAAGGGCCUCGCGGCCAAGGGCUCGGGCGCCCCCCAGGACAGCGACUCCAGCGCCACCUGCAGCGCCGACGAGGUCGACGAGCCCGAGGGCGGCGACAAGAACAGGCUCCUGUCGCCACGGCCCAGCCUCCUCACCCCGACCAGCGACGCCAGGACCAACGCCUCGCCCCAGAAGCCGCUGGACCUGAAGCAGCUGAAACAGCGGGCGGCCGCCAUCCCCCCGAUUCAGGUCACCAAAGCCCACGAGCCCCCCCGGGAGGACGCGGCUCCCCCCAAGCCGGCUGUCCCUGCUCCUCCGCCACCGCAGCACCUGCAGCCGGAGAGCGACAGCCCCCAGCAGCCCGGCAGCAGCCCUCGAGGCAAAAGCAGGAGCCCUGUGCCUCCUGCUGAGAAGGAGGCAGAGAAGCCCGUGUUCUUCCCGGCCUUUGCGGCUGAGGGCCAGAAGCUGCCCACGGAUCCCUCGUGUUGGACGUCAGGCCUGCCCUUCCCUGUGCCCCCUCGCGAGGUGAUCAAGGCCUCUCCGCACGCCCCUGACCCCCUGGCCUUCUCCUACGCACCGCCUGAUACGUGCCCUGCAGGUCACCCGCUGCCCCUGGGCCUCCAUGACAGCGCCCGGCCCGUCCUACCACGCCCACCCACCAUCUCCAACCCGCCGCCCCUCAUCUCCUCCACCAAGCACCCCAGCGUCCUUGAGAGGCAAAUGGGUGCCGUCUCCCAGGGAAUGUCUGUGCAGCUCCACGUCCCGUACUCAGAGCAUGCCAAGGCCCCCGUGGGCCCCAUCACCAUGGGGCUGCCCCUCACCAUGGACCCCAAGAAGCUGGCGCCCUUCAGCGGAGUGAAGCAGGAGCAGCUGUCCCCACGGGGCCAGGCUGGGCCACCGGAGAGCCUGGGGGUACCUACGGCUCAGGAGACGUCCGUGCUGAGAGGGACGUCUCUGGGCUCGGUUCCAGGAGGAAGCAUCACCAAGGGCAUCCCCAGCACGCGGGUGCCUUCCGAGGGCCCCGUCACGUACCGCGGCUCUAUCACCCAUGGCACUCCAGCCGACGUCCUGUACAAGGGCACCAUCACCAGGAUCAUCGGUGAGGACAGCCCAAGCCGCCUGGACCGCAGCCGGGAGGACGGCCUGCCCAAGGGCCACGUCAUCUACGAGGGCAAGAAGGGCCACGUGCUGUCCUACGAGGGUGGCAUGUCCGUGUCCCAGUGCUCCAAGGAGGAUGGCAGGAGCAGCUCAGGACCUCCCCACGAGACGGCCGCCCCCAAACGCACCUAUGACAUGAUGGAGGGCCGUGUCAGCAGGGCCAUCUCCUCAGCCAGCAUCGAAGGUCUCAUGGGCCGCGCCAUCCCGCCUGAGCGACACAGCCCCCACCACCUCAAGGAGCAGCACCACAUCCGAGGCUCCAUCACGCAAGGGAUCCCACGAUCCUACGUGGAGGCCCAGGAAGACUACCAGCGUCGGGAGGCCAAGCUCCUGAAGCGUGAGGGCACGCCGCCCCCACCCCCCCCGCCCCCACGGGACCUGGCCGAGGCCUACAAGGCCCGGCCCUUGGAGGCCCUGGGCCCCCUGAAGCUGAAGCCGGCCCACGAGGGCCUGGUGGCGACAGUGAAGGAGGCCGGCCGCUCCAUCCAUGAGAUUCCACGGGAGGAGCUGCGGCGCACGCCUGAACUGCCCCUGGCCCCGCGGCCGCUCAAGGAGGGCUCCAUCACGCAGGGCACCCCGCUCAAGUAUGACACCAGCACGUCCUCCACCGGCUCCAAAAAGCACGACGUGCGCUCCAUCAUCGGCAGCCCCGGCCGGACGUUCCCUGCGGUGCACCCGUUGGACGUGAUGGCCGACACCCGGGCGCUGGAGCGCGCCUGCUACGAGGAGAGUCUGAAGAGCCGGCCGGGCGCUGUCAGCAGCUCGGGGGGCUCCAUCACCCGGGGGGCCCCGGUCAUCGUGCCUGAGCUGGGCAAGCCACGGCAGAGCCCCCUGACCUACGAGGACCACGCGGCGCCCUUCGCCAGCCACCUACCCCGCGGAUCACCGGUGACCACACGGGAGCCAACCCCGCGCCUGCAGGAGGGCAGCCUCUCGUCCAGCAAGGCAUCCCAGGACCGAAAGCUGACGUCCACGCCCCGUGAGAUCGCCAAGUCACCACACAGCACCGUGCCUGAACAUCACCCCCACCCCAUGUCGCCCUACGAGCACCUGCUCCGGGGCGUGAGUGGCGUGGACCUGUACCGCGGCCACAUCCCGCUGGCCUUCGACCCCACCUCCAUCCCCCGUGGGAUCCCUCUGGAUGCAGCCGCUGCCUAUUACCUGCCCCGGCACCUGGCCCCCAACCCCACCUACCCACACCUGUACCCGCCUUACCUCAUCCGCGGCUACCCCGACACGGCGGCACUGGAGAACCGCCAGACAAUCAUCAACGACUACAUCACCUCGCAGCAGAUGCACCACAACGCGGCCACCGCCAUGGCCCAGCGAGCUGACAUGCUGAGGGGUCUGUCGCCCCGCGAGUCCUCGCUGGCGCUCAACUACACCGCCGGCCCGCGAGGCAUCAUCGACCUGUCCCAAGUGCCACACCUGCCUGUGCUGGUGCCCCCGACACCAGGCACUCCGGCCACCGCCAUGGACCGCCUAGCCUACCUCCCCACGGCACCGCAGCACUUCAGCAGCCGGCUCAGCAGCUCCCCGCUCUCCCCAGGAGGCCCCACUCACUUGACAAAGCCCACGGCCUCGGCCUCGUCCGAGAGGGAGCGGGAACGGGAGCGCGAUCGGGAGAAGUCCAUCCUCGCGUCCGCCACCACGGUGGAGCACGCGCCCAUCUGGAGACCCGGUACGGAGCAGAGCGGUGGCGGCGGGGGUGGGAGCGGCGGCAGCCGCCCCGCCUCCCACUCCCACUCCCACCAGCACUCGCCCAUCUCACCCCGGACCCAGGACGCCAUCCAGCAGAGGCCCAGCGUGCUGCACAACACGGGCAUGAAGAACAUCGUCAGCUCCGUGGAGCCCAGCACGCCCACGGUCCUGAGGUGGGCCAGGUCCACCUCCACCUCCUCGCCUGUCCGCCCGGCCGCCACAUUCCCACCCGCCACCCACUGCCCACUGGGUGGCACCCUCGACGGGGUCUACCCCACCCUCCUGGAGCCUGUCUUGCUGCCUAAGGAGGCCCCGCGGGUCACCCGGCCCGAGCGGCCCCGAGCGGACGCGGGCCACACCUUCCUCGCCAAGCCCCCAGCCCGCGCGGGGCUGGAGCCCGCGUCCUCCCCCGGCAAGGGCUCCGAGCCCCGGCCCCUGGCGCCGCCUGGCUCCGGCCACGCAGCCAUCGCCCGCGCCCCGGCGAAGGGCCUCACGCCCCACCACGCCAGCCCGGACCAGCCAGCGCCGCCCGCCUCGGCCUCGGACCUGCACCGGGAAAAGACUCAAAGUAAACCCUUUUCCAUCCAGGAAUUGGAACUCCGUUCUCUGGGUUACCACGGCGGCGGCUACAGCCCUGAUGGGGUGGAGCCCGUCAGCCCCGUGAGCUCGCCCAGCCUGACCCACGACAAGGGGCUCCCCAAGCACCUGGAGGAACUCGACAAGAGCCACCUGGAAGGGGACCUGCGGCACAAGCAGCCAGGCCCGGGGAAGCUCAGCGGCGAGGCUGCACACCUCCCACACCUGCGGCCGCUGCCCGAGAGCCAGCCCUCGUCCAGCCCGCUGCUCCAGACCACCCCAGGGGUCAAAGGUCACCAGCGGGUGGUCACGCUGGCACAGCACAUCAGUGAGGUCAUCACGCAGGACUACACGCGGCACCACCCGCAGCAGCUCAGCGCGCCCCUCCCUGCCCCCCUUUACUCCUUCCCCGGAGCCAGCUGCCCCGUCCUGGACCUUCGCCGCCCGCCCAGCGACCUCUACCUCCCAGCCCCGGACCAUGGCGCCCCGGCCCGUGGCUCACCCCACAGUGAAGGGGGCAAGAGGUCUCCAGAGCCAAGCAAGACGUCAGCCUUGGGCAGCAGUGAGGAUGGUAUAGAACCUGUGUCCCCGCCGGAGGGCAUGGCAGAGCCCGGGCAUCCCCGGAGCACCAUGUACCCGCUGCUGUACCGGGACGGGGAGCAGGCGGAGCCCAGCAGGAUGGGCUCCAAAUCCCCAGGCAACACCAGCCAGCCGCCGGCCUUCUUCAGCAAGCUGACCGAGAGCAACUCGGCCAUGGUCAAAUCUAAGAAACAGGAGAUCAACAAGAAGCUGAACACCCACAACCGGAACGAGCCAGAAUACAAUAUUGGCCAGCCCGGGACGGAGAUCUUCAACAUGCCCGCCAUCACCGGAGCAGGCCUCAUGACCUGCAGAAGCCAGGCGGUGCAGGAGCAUGCCAGCACCAACAUGGGGCUGGAGGCCAUUAUUAGAAAGGCGCUCAUGGGUAAAUAUGAUCAGUGGGAGGAGCACCCGCUCAGCGCCAAUGCUUUUAACCCUCUGAAUGCCAGUGCCAGCCUGCCCGCUGCUAUGCCCGUAACCGCUGCUGACGGACGGAGGGAACACGCGCUCACCUCGCCAGGUGGUGGCGGGAAGGCCAAAGUCUCUGGCAGACCCAGCAGCCGAAAAGCCAAGUCCCCGGCCCCAGGCCUGGCGUCUGGGGACCGGCCACCCUCCGUCUCCUCAGUGCAUUCGGAGGGAGACUGCAACCGCCGGACCCCACUCACCAACCGCGUGUGGGAGGACCGGCCCUCGUCCGCAGGGUCCACACCGUUCCCCUACAACCCCCUGAUCAUGCGGCUGCAAGCGGGGGUCAUGGCCUCCCCGCCCCCGCCUGGCCUCCCCGCGGGCAGCGGGCCCCUGGCCGGCCCCCAUCACGCCUGGGACGAGGAGCCCAAGCCGCUGCUCUGCUCGCAGUACGAGACGCUCUCCGACAGCGAGUGAGGCUCAGAACGGGGUGGGCCGGCGAGCGGCCGGCUGCCGACUCCCCCCACCGAGGAAGGAGCCCCUGAGUCUGCCUGUGCGCCCGUCUGUCCGUCCGUCCGUCCAGAGCCGGCAUCCUUGCCUGUCUAAAGCCUUAACUACGACUCCCGCCCCGGCUGGCCCUGUGCAGUGACCUUACUCAGGGGAUGUUUACCUGGUGCUCGGGAGGGGAGGGGCCGGGGAGGGGGCACGGCAGGCGUGUGGCGGCCACAUGCGCACAGCCGGGGCGGCCAGGGACCCAAAGCAGGACGACCACGCACCUCCCACGCCACUGCCUCCCCACCUAACGCAUUUGGAACCAAAGUCUAAACUGAGCUAGCAGCCCCCGCACCCGCCCUCCGUCCCCAUCCCGCUUAGCACUCUGGACAGACGGACACAGGCCCUGUCCAGGCCCCAGCGCUCUUGUCCCGGUCCCCACGGGCUGCCCCAGCCGACGAGAUCGCUGGAAACCAAGUCAGGCCAGAUGGGCGGGCGACAGGGCCGGGUGCGGCCUGGGGUGAGCGGCUGCUCCGAGGAACUGGACUGUUUUUUUUCAUACAUCGUUGCCGCAGCGGUGGGAAGGAAAGGCAGGUGUAAAUGAUAUAUUGGUUUACAGGGUAUAUUUUUGAUACCUUCAAUGAAUUAAUUCAGAUGUUUUAAGCAAGGAAGGACUUACCCAGUAUUAUUGCUGCUGUGCUUUCGAUCUCUGCUUACCGUUCAAGAGGCGUGCGCAGGCCAACAGUCGGUGACCCCAUAGUCCGCAGGACCGAGGUGGGGCAGGGGCUGCCAGCUCUCGAGCCCCCCUGCGUCCUCCCUCCCUCCCUUCCUUGGGCAGAAUGAGUUUGAAGGGGAUUCUGUGACCGCCAUCUGCGCACGGCGGUGGCGUCCUGUCAUUUACACACGUUCUUCUCAUUAAAAAGCGAAUUAUACUCGA